AUGAACAACAUGUGGAUAGAAAAGGAUAUGGGGGGAAGAUGCGCGAGGGGCGGAGCGCUCAGCCAGCAAGUGAACGACGGCAUUGAAACGUUGAAGCGGAAUAACAAUUUUCUUUUUAGUGGCAUUGGCGGAAAUCUUCCUUCGGAAGCAACAAAGAGGCGCUGCGAUGAGCGACUGCGCAGGCCAAACUGCUCGACCGUCUUGCCUGCGUCUACCUCCACCAGCAGGUGUCGGACGACCACAAAGGGGGAUGAGAAGUCGUCGGAAAAGUCCAAAGGAAGGGAAGCCCCCCGGUACAGAAAAGGCGAGCAGGGGGAAGAAAUGCUUAGAGAAGAUAACUGGAGGGACAAAACCAACUCUUCUACAUGCCGGAAUGACGAUGGAGGAAAGGGAACAAAUAAAAAUUGGCGCAAAUUGGGUAGCGAUCAAGUGACUUCCUCACGCAAGAGACACAACCAACAGAUGGAUGAUAAGUGCCUCACGAGUGGGUCCAAAUGGAAAAGAAGAAACGUUAACGAUUGUGAUGGGACUCAAUACAAAAGCACGCAGUACCUAAACAACAGCGCGGUCUAUAAUGAUAGCGUCGUGAAUAAUGAGACCGUCGUAUGUCCGGAGUGGCCCGAGAUGAGCAACAGCAGAGGGGACUCUGCGAUGGUCCCGACCACGGAGAGGAAGGGACAGCCGGGGUGCAAACUGAGCAAAGCGGAUGAGCACCAAAUGAGCGAAGCGGACCAGCACGAAAUGGACAACGCGGACGAGGGGAUGGGGGACCCCCCGCUCAUGGCCCCCCUGUCGAGGAAGCAAAAAGACCACCUAACGAACAUACAAAGUAUUAUUCAAAAGGAUAUUCCCGCGUUGAUAAAAAACACAGUGAACAACCACCUAGCCAAAAACAUAAACUACCAAGUGCAGGAGGCAAUAAAAAAAAAAUUACCCACCUGUCUUGAUCAUAACGGAGUGGACAUGUUAGAAAAAAAGAUACAAUCAUUUAGUACACGUGAUGUGCAAGCACAACUAAGUGACCUAGUCAACUCUGAAAUGAGAAAAAAUGAAAGCCACAUGUACGCCACGUUAGGGAAACGCAUUCAACAAAAUGUGAAUGCAGAAAUGGAAAGGAACACAAACAUGAUUAACAAACAGAUUGAGAAAAAUGUAGCCGAUCAAAUUGAAAAAAAUGUAGCCGAUCAGAUUGAAAAAAAUGUAACCGACCAGAUUGAAAAAAAUGUAACCGACCAGAUUGAAACAAACCUAGAAAAAGUUUAUAACGAGGUUGAUCUAAAGGUAGGAAAAAAAGUCAGUAACGAGCUAGCCAAAAAUAUGAAUAGCGUACAAAACAAUUUACUUCAAAAUGUAAAUAACGAAUUAAAAAGAAAGGUAAAACUCAUUGGAGCAAAUGUGGACAGCCAAAUUAAAGUGCUCAUCUCACAUGAGCUAAAUAGAAAUUUAAAUUUCUUACACAAUAGAAUUAAUGAUAAUAUGAGUAGAGAGUUAAAAAAAUGCCUUUCCAUUUUGAAUAGAAAUUUUGAUGAAAAUUUGCAUGAACAGAUGGACAGGUGUGUGCAAAUUUUUCUUACAAAAGUUUGUGAAUGCCUAAGUGACGAAAUUAAAAACAAGGUUAACAUGCUGGAAAAAAAUAUAAUAAUGAACUGGGACGAUCACGUUGUGGAAAAGGUCACAAGUAGAACAGAGGUAGCUAUCAACCGAGUUCAGGAGACCAUGAUCAUAAUGGACAAUAACACCACGAAUCGAGCGGAGGGAAUCUCCUCUGAGGUUAGGAGCGGCUUUGAUCAGCUAGGUGUAUUUGUGAAGGAAGGCAUUUGUGGGGACCUGCAAAGAGGCCUGCAGGGACUUGGUAAGGAGAACGAAGUGGCGUCUGCAAAAAUGGCCCAGGUGAUAUGUGCCAAGGUGGAGGCCGCGACAGGCUCCGAGAUGGCACGACACAUGGGUGCGCUGCUGGGCGGCCUGCGCGACGAAGUGAUAGACAAGUUGGGGAGUGUACGGACGUCUUUGAAGGGGAGCCUCGAGGGGACUUUGAAGCGAAGCGUAGACACCACUUUGAAGAGAAGCCUUGAGGAAACCCUCAUCCGAAGCGUGGACACCACUUUGAGGGGAAUUAUGGAAACCAUCCUGCGGGAACAACUCAGCAAAACCAAACAGACGCUGCACACCGGUGCGUGCGAAGGAGAAGAAGAGGAGGCCAAGAGGACCGAUGCGAAAUUGGAGACAGUCCUGAAAAGCUCUAACGAAAACUUCAACGCCCUGAUCAAAGUACAGAAAUCCCUAGCGACCAACCUGAGCAAAGAAAUGAAAGUGGUAAAAGACAUGAACAAUAAAAUGAUGGACGUAAAAACAUUUUUAAAAACUUGGUUAACCUCUGUGCAAAAGAAAUUGUCCGACGCGAUGGAGAAAAACACGAGCGUAGUUAUAAACACUAGUGAGUCUGUCCUUAGGAGAUUAGACUCUUCGUGCUCAGGUAGUGAUGAAAUACUGAAUGCGCUAUGCGAAAAGGUAAUUGAGCAGGUUGCAGAUGCCAAUGAAAAGUAUGCUCAUCGCAUUGCAGAAGAGGUUGGUACAAUGGCAAAAUUUCACCAGAGUUUUAUGAAAGACCAACGCAUGGCUACGGAAGAGAGGCUCGAAAAGCUAACACAAGAUCUAUUCCAUUUGAACGAAACAGCUGCGCAAAAGACACACGAACGAUUGAAAAUCAACAACGAGGAUGUGCUAAGUACCUUUAUUGAAACUGUACAAACGGAAAAAGUUCACAUGAUUAUGCACACAGAAGAGAUUGUGACGUGCUUGAAGAAGAGCAUAGAGGAACACUCCACCAAUGUGCAGGACCAUGUGAGGGGGCUGCUUAAUGAGAAGGACGAACACAUGAUGGAGGGAUUAAAACGGGUCAGCAGCGAAUUUGAUAUUAAACUUGGGGAACAAGCAAAACAGUUUUUAAGUCACCUUGAUCGGAAGAUAAACGAUGCUGUUGGGGGGAGGAGAGUACAGUGUGAGGGGGGUACAGAUAUGUAUAAGCACCCCCACCAGGUGCAGAGAAGCACCUUAGGGACAAAUCAGGUUAAACCAAUUCGAGUCGAAAAGCGGAAGAGGUACCUAAUUGGUAGCGACGUGGUGGCAAAUCCUUUGGGCAGCCCCGAUGGAGGAGAUAACAGGGAAACGAAGCGUGGCACGAAGCGUGACACGCACGGAGAGAUGCACCAACCCAACAGACACAUCGGGAAGAGUGUAAAUAAAAGGAACCUGAAUCAGCCGCAGAACAACAGAGAGGCGACGAGCAAAAGGAAGCCAAUUUACUUCGUCAAUUACUUCAGGAGCAAAAACAACGACCUCGUCGAGGUCGUUCAGCAUCUGCAUGAACAGAAGAGGAAGAAGAAGAAGAUAAUAACCCUGUGCGGUCCAUAG